CUGAAUCCCAAGUGUCAGUGGACGUGUUGGCUACCUGUGCCUGCUUACCGACCUACCCGACCUAUACCUACCUGCCUAUACCUAAGGUACAGGCGAGCGAAAGAAAUGGAGCCCGAAACCAAACUCGAGGCAAUGACAUAUCUGCCCCAAGCUCAAAGCAACAAACCACCACACAUAGCCAACAACAACGCCUUUUUGGGAGAUGUCGUCAGCACUUGUCGCAACACCAAAUUCGACGCCGACGCACCCAUUUCUGCGGGCUUUUAUCGACAGGAAAAAGGCACAGAAUUAGUGUAUACGUACAAAUAUCACGAAACGAAAAUUAUUCUUGAAGGAAGUUUUUUCAUCAGGGAUCAUGCUACGGGAAAGGAGGUCAAGGCUACUCCGGGGGAUGUCUUUUAUUUCCCAAAAGGUUCGACAAUUACCUUUCGCAGCGACGACUACGGCUUGGCUUUCUACACGGGGCAGCGGAAAGAGGGUGAUGUAUAGGUAAAGCAUGGCUUGCUUGCCAAUGGUCUUUUCUGAAGUGGAGAACUGAAGUCGGCGUGGCGCAUGUGGUUGAUACCUUAUGUUUUCUUU